AUGUUUUCCAAAGUGUGCCGUUGGCUCACCGCACUGUCUCUUGCUUUUGCCCCCCUGGCAGCGGCAGACCUCUGCUCUAAACUUGACACGCAAAACGUUCAGGUCCAGAAGUCGCCCACCCUUGACUACAUCUCCGAGUUGAAAGACUACUGGUCUGUUGCGUGUGGUGACCUCAAACCAGCAUGUAUAGUCUUCCCAUCAAGCGCUGAAGAGAUGUCCCAGAUCGUCAAAGAGCUGCAUGAGGUGGAUGACCUAUUCGCUGUGAAAUCCGGAGGGCACAUGCCAAACAAUGGCUUCGCUAGUAUCCAGAAUGGAAUUCUUGUGUCAACCAAGAAUCUGAAUCAGGUUGUCUAUAACAAGGAGGACCAAACGGCGGACAUUGGACCUGGUCUUUCCUGGGAGGAGGCCCUUGGUGGUUUAGAAGGGACUGGCCGGACGAUUGUUGGUGGACGCAUGGGAGGUGUUGGUGUUGGGGGAUUCAUGCUUGGAGGUGGACUGAGCUUCCUUAGCUCGCAGUAUGGCUGGGCGGCCAACAAUGUGGUCGACUUCGAAGUGGUCCUUGCUAAUGGCACGAUUACCCAUGCCAACAACAAAGAGAACACUGACCUCUUCAAAGCCUUGAAAGGCGGCGGUAACAGCUUCGGCAUCGUCACCAACUACAAACUGCAAACACACGCGCAGGACCACAAGGUAUGGGGAGGAAACUACAUAUACACGCUCGACAAGACGCCCCAAGUCCUGGAAGCUGUGCAGGAUUUCACCGCGAACUACCCCGACGACAAAGCUGCGAUCAUCCUGACUGCGAACCACGGUUCCCUCGUCAACACAUGGAUCUUGUUCCUCUUCUAUGACGCACCCUCUCCGCCAGAUGGUGUUUUUGACAAGUUCAAGGACAUCCGACAUGCGGAUACUACCAAGACCUGGGAUUCGUACUAUAAGCUGCUCAAACACAACGACCUUUUCAUCAUCAAGGGCCAGCGAUACGUCAUUGGCACCGAAACAACACCCCUCCCCGGUAAAAACGAUGUGGAUAUCCUUCAAACGUACUACGACCAUUGGUUCAACGUCACCGACAGCGUUCUCGAAGUUACGGGCCUGCUUGGCUCAAUCGGCAUCCAGCCGAUGCCUCGAGCUAUUACCCAGAAAGCCAAAGACAUGGACGGAGACAUGAUCGACCUCCCCACAGAUCAAGACUACAUCAUGUUCGAACUCGAUUUCUCCUACGGCUUCUCCAAAGACGACGAAAAAAUCGACGCCGCGCACCAGAACGUGUACGAAGGCCUUGACCGUCUCAUUUCAAACUAUGUGGACGAGGGCAAGCUGCCCGAUGUGUACCGUCCGCUGUUCAUGAAUGAUGCGUACCACAGACAGGAUUAUUGGGGCCGGUUACGCACGAAGGAGGAGGGAUUGCAGGUACAGGAGAAGUAUGAUCCUGAUAGGUUCUGGCAGAAGAGGACUAGUGGUGGGUUCAGGCUUACUCCGUAA